AAUCAAAGGGGGGAAGUGAAGGAAGAGGGCACUGCUUCCUCAUAGCACUCACAAUCAAAACAUUGUCCGUGCGCAAUGGGUGAGACUGCAUCUUCGAAGGGACAUCGUCUUAUCUAACACUUGGCCCACAUUGUCUGGGGAGCUCCCGGGAACACCGUUAGUUGCACCAUGCUCCAGCUGAACGACACGGUGGAGCCGGAGAGUCCGGGCGUUGCGAUUCUCCACUCUGCGGAAGCCGAGGAGGGGGUCGAGGUUGCCUUCACGCCGCCGGAGGCCGGGCGAAGCCUCGGACACGGAGCCUCCGUGGCCUGCUGCCCCCCGUUACAAACGCUGACGCCUUUCCAUGUGCAUAACCCCACUAUGCAAGCGAAAGUGAAGGACUAUUUCGUGUUCAGACCAGGCACCAUUGAGCAGGCUGUGAGCGACAUCAGGACCGUGGCACUCCCUUCUGAGGAUGGAGAGGUGCUCAGCGUCUGGCUGCUCGCAGAAAUUGACCACUGGAACAAUGAGAGGGAGCGACUCGUGCUUAUAACUGAUAGGUCGCUGCUGGUGUGCAAGUACGACUUCAUCAACCUGUUGUGUCAGCAGGUCGUCAGGAUCUCUCUCAACGCUGUAGACACCAUCUCAGUGGGCGAGUUUGAGUUCCCGCCCAAAUCCCUUAACAAGAGAGAGGGCUACGGGAUUCGUGUGCAGUGGGACAAACGUCCUCGGGCCUCCUUCAUAAACCGCUGGAACCCCUGGUCUACAGACAUGCCCUACGCCACCCUCACAGAGCACUCCAUGGCCCACGCUGAUGAGACGGUGGCCUCUCUCUGCCAGUUGGACAACUUCAGGACCCAGCUGGUGCAGGCAGUGAAGAAAGCCCACAGGGAGCACCCCAUCCCCGGUCGGGCUAACGGUGUCCUGAUCCUGGAGAGACCCCUGCUCAUCGAGACCUAUCUAGGUAUCAUGUCCUUCAUCAACAAUGAGGCCAAGUUGGGCUACUCCAUAACCCGUGGCAAGAUUGGCUUCUAAAAAUCAAGUUUCUCAAAAUUACAACUGAAUUCAACCCAUGUGUCUGUGUUACACUGCGCUGUCUGAGAGAAGCUGUCGCUCCACUACAGUGUAAUGCACAAUCUGUGUGUGUAAGUUGAGCCCUUGAGAUGUGAACACCUCCUAAAUUGGUGCGGUAAAGUGGUCAGCCUACUGUAGGUAAAUAAUGCGCAGCACUGCAUGGAUUGUCUGUUUUUUUGUUUCGUUUUUUUUGCGCCCCGAGUACCUUUCCUGCAAAGAGUUGCUCGCAAAUCUGCCAUACCCACACGUAGGCCCGCAGGAGUGUAUGCACAUGUGACAUAAGUUGGAGACAAAGGAGAGAGCACAUUAAUUCAUUACUUCUGUACCUUAUUCUAGAGUGAGCUUCUUGUUGUCUCAUGCUCCUUGUUUAACCAUUGAUUGACAGACAGUCAAAAGCAAUGACGUUAUUGGUCGGGGUCGUUAUUUCACGGAUGUGCUUUGUUUGGGCUCGUAUCUACAGCAAACCAGCCGACCAGAGUAGAGCAGUGACAAAUACAGUGAAACCAAACCACCAGCUAAGAAUAUGUUCCAUAUUUGCUACAUUAAUAAAAGGUUUGACAUGAAGGAUUGCAUUAUUCUGAUCACAGGGCCAUAGGGUAGCUUCGCAGAAUGGCAUAGCAGCUUAUGGAUGGAGGGAUUUAGUUUUACGGUCAUCUUACAUGAUUGUUAUAAACUCUUGAGUGUCAAUGAACCUUGAUCAGUGGAGAUGAUAAACUACAUGUUGUGACCUUCUCUGAUUGGCCAGUGUUGUGCUCUCCAUGUUUCAUUUGCUUAUUCAUGUCUUUGCUCAGAGGAUGGAGCUCAUGUUCCACAUGGAGCGCUGCUUUAGCUACUAUAGCUAAAUGUUGUACGUUACAUGUUUUAUGCAACAUGAACUUGUAAACCGUGUCUUUAUGUUUGUUGAUAAGUUGCCUUAAAAAGGUCCUGCACUCGUUUUAGGCACACAUUUGCACUCGGCUGCAUUAAUCUCUGCAGUGGGAAUAAACGAUGGCUUACUAAAUGAAAUUCACGCAGACAAAGCUUUACAUCAUUUCCUCAACCACAACCUGUCGGUAUAUAUCUUGUGAACAAGAUUUAGGUGUUUUGUUUUUUCCCUAAACUGCAUCCUAUAAUAUAUAAUUGUUGUGUUACCAAAGUUACCAGGCCAUAUUUUCAUGCUCAACAAUGCCAAUGAAUAAUUGUGUCUUUACUUUUGCAUGUUUCCUGCAUGUUACGUUUGCAUGACAGAUGUUUUUUUAAAAGGAAUAUCUUCAAAUAGAUUUGUGAAUACUAUUUGAGUUUUAUUUAUCUGCUGUUAUUUUGUUGCAGUAAACUCACGAAUGCUUCCAGAAAAUAAAUAUUUCAUUGCCA